CCGGUUUUCCGCUACAUACUCGUAUUUCUCAACAGUAUUAGGCAUGCAACAGUUUUCAUGGUCAAGGCCAAAGUUUAGAUGGAAUCCCUACAUUUAUGGAUCUGGAGUAAUGACGGUUGAAAAUGGACAAAAGAACUUCAGAUCAAGGCCAGUACUUAGAAAUCAUAUACUGGUCACUUUAUCCGAAUGCCCAAAAAUGUAUAUAUAACCAGCUGCUGAUAUGUAAAGCACACUUCGCGC